CAAACCAGCUCAAUUCCUGCAGGGUAAAUUGCCAUACUGUGUUUUUUUUUUUACCAACUCGGAAGUUCCAGACAGCCGUGUGUGGUUGGCAAUACAAGAAGGUUCCCUGUGUGAGAAAUGCUAAUGGUCGAGUCUCGAAGAAACGAAUAUGAUGUCUGGCAUCAUUUCAUGUUUUGAGAUUUCAGGCGUCGUGGCGCUCUUUCUCCUCGUUGCGGGCAUACCAGUUGCCCAUUCGUGUAUGUCCUCUGCUGUUGACACCCCGUUGUUUCUGUUUUCCCCGUUGCUCUCAGAGCAACUCGUCUAUCAUCGGAUGAUGGUACAGAUCAAUGUGAGAGAAGAAAGCAAGAGAGAGAGAUCUUGGCAGAAAAAUAGAAGAAGAGUAAGUAGAGAGAUUGAGAGAGAAAGAAACAACUCUGAUAUGCAACAUUGGAAAGCAGAAAAACGGAAAAAAAUGAAAUGCAACAACAAAAAACCUCGCUCACCCCGAGUAUACCAUCAACCAUCGCAUGCGCAACGAUGCGCGCUUGUAUCUUUCCGAAACCUGAACGCCUGGUAUCCUCCCGCCCGCUCGCCAACCCAAUGCAUCGAAAUUUGUCCGUAAACCACACAAGUUGAAAAUGAGACCGUUGCCGAAUGCCUGUAGAAUCGAAUCUCCCCGCCGCCGACUUUGAAAACAAGUCCCUCUCUUGAAACCCAAAGUGUAAACCCAAAAUGAUGCCCCGUGAGGCAGAGA